CGCACUCCAUGGUAACGACGCUCGGCCCGAAGAUGGCGGCCGGGCGGGAGGGAGUCGCCGGUUCCUCCGGCGCGGGGCCCGGCCCUAGCCAGCGGCGCUGGCGCCGGUCUUCGUGGGCCCGAGGCGUGCUACUCCUGUUGGGCGGCCUCUGGGCUAGCUCCACGUCUGUCCCUGUCUCCUUGCACAGUUCCCCUCCCUGCCGGCACCACGUCCCCUCGGAGGCCGAGGUCAUAAAUAAGGUUCAUCUUAAGACAAAUCAUGUUGUAAAAAGAGAUGUUGAUGAACAUUUAAGAAUCAAGACUGUGUAUGAUAAAAGUAUUGACGAAUUGCUCCCUGAGAAAAGAUACCUUGUAAAGAACAAACUUUUUCCACAAGCUAUUUCUUAUUUAGAGAAGACUUUUCAGGUUCGUAGACCUGCGGGCACUAUCUUACUUAGCAGACAACGUGCAACAAACCGAUACUUACAGAAGGAAAAUGACCCCCAUAGAUACUGUACCGGGGAAUUUGCAGAGCACACAAAAUGCGGCCCUGUUAUAGUGCCUGAGGAGCACCUCCAGCGAUGCAGGGUCUGCCGUGGGGGUAAGUGGUCCUGUGUAGCAGUGGGUGUGCAAGACCAAGAGGGCGUCCGGGAUGCAGACUUUGUUCUGUAUGUUGGUGCUCUGGCCACCGAGAGGUGCAGCCAUGAAAACAUCAUCUCUUAUGCAGCCUAUUGCCAGCAGGAAGCAAAAAUGGACAGGCCAAUAGCAGGAUAUGCUAACCUGUGUCCAAAUAUGAUCUCUACCCAGCCUCAGGAAUUUAUUGGAAUGCUGUCCACAGUAAAACAUGAGAUUAUUCAUGCCCUGGGUUUCUCUGCUGGCCUAUUUGCAUUCUACCAUGAUAAAGAUGGAAAUCCUCUAACUUCAAGAUUUGCAGAUGGUCUCCCACCUUUUAAUUAUAGUCUUGGAUUGUAUCAAUGGAGUGAUAAAGUAGUUCGAAAAGUGGAGAGAUUAUGGAAUGUUCGCGAUAAUAAGAUCGUUCCUCACACUGUGUAUCUUCUAGUAACACCUCGUGUUGUCGAUGAAGCCCGAAAACAUUUUAACUGUCCAAUUCUGGAGGGAAUGGAACUCGAAAAUCAAGGUGGUAUGGGCACUGAGCUCAACCACUGGGAAAAGAGGUUAUUAGAGAAUGAAGCAAUGACUGGUUCUCACACCCAGAACCGAGUCUUCUCUCGAAUCACUCUGGCAUUAAUGGAAGACACUGGCUGGUAUAAGGCUAAUUACAGCAUGGCCGAGAAGCUAGACUGGGGCCGAGGAAUGGGCUGUGACUUUGUCAGGAAGAGCUGUAAAUUCUGGAUUGAUCAGCAGAAACAAAAGAGGCAGAUGCUGAGCCCUUUCUGUGACACACUCAGAAGUAAUCCAUUGCAGUUAACUUGCAGACAGGACCAGAGAGCAGUUGCAGUGUGUAAUUUGCAGAAAUUUUCAAAACCUUUACCUCAAGAGUACCAGUACUUCGAUGAACUAAGCGGAAUACCUGCAGAAGAUUUGCCUUAUUAUGGUGGUUCAGUAGAAAUUGCUGACUACUGCCCUUUCAGUCAGGAAUUCAGUUGGCAUUUAAGUGGUGAAUAUCAGCGCAGCUCAGAUUGUAGAAUACUGGAAAAUCAACCAGAUCUUUUUAAAAACUAUGGUGCUGAAAAGUAUGGACCUCAUUCAGUUUGUCUAAUUCAGAAAUCAGCAUUUGUCAUGGAAAAGUGUGAGAGGAAGCUGAGUUACCCAGACUGGGGGAGUGGGUGUUAUCAGGUUUCUUGUUCUCCUCAAGGUCUGACAGUUUGGGUUCAGAACACUUCAUAUUUGUGUAGUCGAGCUGGACAGGUCCUCCCCGUCAGUAUUCAGAUGAAUGGCUGGAUUCAUGACGGUAACCUACUCUGCCCAUCUUGUUGGGACUUCUGUGAGCUCUGUCCUCCAGAAAGAGAUCCUCCAGCUGCUAACUUGACCCGAGCUCUGCCACUAGAUCUCUGUUCCCGUUCCUCUAGCCUGGUAGCCACCCUCUGGCUUCUGCUAGGCAAUCUCUUUCCUCUGCUGGCUGGAUUUCUUCUGUGUGCAUGGCACUAGGAGUGGAAAAGUGAAUUCUCAAGACAUUCCUUUGUGUCAUGUUCUUCCGAACAAAGCACAAAAUCUGGGUGAGUGCCAGCCUGUACAGAUGGCAGAAGUGAUGUUCCUGACUUUGGCUUGGAAGUGUUGACCACAGUCGGACCUUGAAGCAGAACUUCACAGCAGUCACUCUUCAGCAGCAGCCCAACAGCCUCAGAGGUUGGAGGAGGAGAAGGAAUUCUAAGUCACCAUGUCUUUAUCUGUCAAGAUAUAUAACCUGCCUGAAGUUUGCCUUUGAAAAUGGGAUAAUUGGUGAAAUUUUCAGAGUGAUUACAUACCCCAGCAUUUUCAUUAACCUAAAAUGUUGGGAAAGUUCAUCAAUACUGCAGCAACUUAAAAAACAGCUAUUACAAGAUUAUAAGUUAUGAAUCCUGUCCUCAAAAGUAUAAAUUGUCCUUUGACUUACAGAUAGUAAUUGAAUUGGGUUUCUACAUCACUGCUGUACCUAUAUUGAAUUUAAUAGUUGUGCAUGAUACACUUAAAACAUUGUCCUCAUUAUUCUAAGAGGCUUUUUUUUUUAUUAUGUUUUGCUCAUCUUAUGAUUUAACCAUGCUUGCCUUUUUCAAACCAGCUAUGUGACAGUUUACUACUGAACCAUUAUGUGUUGGUAGACCCUUCAGUGUAUUCUCCAGUAGUUUAAUAAUGACUUGAAAAACUGUGGGAGCAGAGAGAGAAAAAUACUCUGCCCUGUAAGAACAUUGAAGACAUGCAAACAGAAGAAAACAUAAUUGUAUGUUUUUCAGAUAAUAAUUAUGACAACUGUAAUCCAGCAAAAACAGAACUAUUCCUUUUUGACAAAUGAAGAUAAAUUAUGGUACUACAUAGGGAGAUACGCAGUUACUUGCAAGUAUGCUAAGAAAUUGUUACAGAAGAAUUUCUACUAUCUGAAAAUCAUAUAUAAGAAGAAAAAUAUGAGUCAAAACAAGAUGGUCUGAAUUGUUUACUAAUAGCAAAGUGCAGGUUGGGUGUAGGGCCUAUUCAGUAGGGCUGCCUUUACCCACAACAUAAAACUCAGUCGACAGAAGUCAGAAAAUUGCCUGUCCUUUAAAAGGAAGUGAUGUUCUUGAUUCAGUGUGAUUUCUGCCAAGUGCUCUGAAUGUCAAAAUGAAGAAGUUCAAUGAAGCACAGGUAAAUGGCAGUAGUAACUAUGACUCUGGUAAGGUAGCCAAAUGCCCUGUCAUCUCAUUAGUAACAUUUAUGAAUGGAUGAACAAGAUUCCCAUUGUCACUACCUACUAUCCAGCGAAACCACAGACAAGGGACUGGAUUUGGCAGGCAAAAACAAACAACGUAAAAGGAGAUGAUAAUUUUUUGCUUCCUUCUUUUGACACUCCUCUUGUUACCACGUAGACUCUCAUCCUCAGAAGCAAUUCUGCUCUGGUACUAGAGCUUACCACUCCCUCUUAGUAAUUCCAAUUUGAAAUUUAUUAAUGAUUAGUAAUGCCCAGUUCUCUAUACAGCUAAUGAAAUCCUGCAGCAUUAUAAACAUAAUUCCUGGACAAGAUUUUUUUCACUCAUUCAUUCAUUCAUUGGUUCUUUAACUCAGCAUAUAGUUAUUGAGCGCUCCAUUUAAGAGAUUGUGUUAAGUGAGCAAGCAGUAUAAUUACUAAAAGGUAAUUCCAACUGAUUAUUUGGUAUUGGAGCCAAACUACCACCCCAGCAUAGAGGAAAGCCGCUUUUUUCUAAUGCAUAAAUUUUAAAUAUGUAUUUGCAUGCAGUUUUAAAUUGGAGGUAUUUGUAAAAAAAAGCUGGGAGUCUCGAGCAUAGACAACUUCAGCUAAAGAGAAACUAAUAGUAAUGGUGUCAGGCCAGUGCUCAGUUUUCUGCCUUUGUCACACUUACUUUAAAAGUCAGAGAAAAGUGUAGAGUGUAUUUUUAAAGAAAAUCCUAAAACUCUAAAUUUAUAUAUCUAUUGUGAUGAAUCAUCCUGCAAAGUUGUAUAAAGAAUUUCACCAAAAAUACAAUGGAUAAUAUAUUUGAGAUUCACAGUGGUAGGUUUGAUUAUAUUUUGACUGUUGUGCAGUAAUGCCAUUUAGGUAGUAUUGUUUCCGAGCAUGGUGCUUUUUAUACUUGAAAUAUAUUUUUGCUUUAUUUUUUAUUGAUAUAAUUAUAUUUGCACUAAUGACUUUCUGAAGAAAAUAUUAUAGAUGACAUUUUUUCUAUAUAUAUUUAUUAAGCUUGGAAUCUGAUACCCUAGUGUUUUCUCUGCACAAAUAAGGGAUUUGAUGAAGUACGAGGCUAAGAAAUCCUGACUUUCUGAGGGUAACUAAUGGCUCCUGUGUCUUCCUUCCUCUUCAACGAGUCUUGAGAGUGGUUGCUGAUCACCGAUUCUUCCUAGUGUACUCCUUGAAGACUUAGAAGGCCACUGAACCUGUAAGAAAUAUUAAGGGGAACAUUUGAGUCACUUAGAAUAUGACCAUGUUCUAAAAACAAACUUAAAAUCUGAGAUUUUAAUGCAGAAUUAGUAGGCUAGAAUUCAUCUUUGAACUGAAGAAUUUGAAAUGGCCUAAAUGUUGGUAUCCUGUGGCAGGAUGCCCUUUAUGUUAACAAAAGUGGUUCACUGAGAAGACUAGCAGACUGCGGCCACUGGUGGAAGUGAGGUGGGAGGAGAAGGAGGAGUGGCUGAUCUGGGGACAGACAGUAGAGUCUCUGACUCAAAAAGUGUGGAGUGCAUAUAAAAACUGACUAGACUACCUCAGUUUUCAGUUCAGAUUUAGGUUCAUUUUGAUAGUAUUAAUGUCCCAGUUGUCAAUAACAAAUGAAUUUGUUUCUCAGGUUUUCAAGAACAGAAUUUACAGGAAGGCAGCAAAAGCCAUGUAGGCAGACUUAAGCUGACAGCUUUAAAGAAACUGGCAAGCAGUUAGGGUAGUCUUAAUGUAGACCCCUCUAAUAUUCUCCUGAAGAACGUCCUUUUCCCUUACUUACUUCUUAAGGAUAUUUAUUUUUGUUAAGUCCAAAUAGACAUUCUUAAAAUGUUAUAAAUUAUGCUUGAAAUUAGCUUCAGCCUAGUAUGUUGGCUUAGAGUUUAUCAAUAUUUGAAGAUGAAACAAAUUAAUGAAGUUUAAGUGACUUUAGGAAGAUAUAUAAAUAUACCUGAGUAUUCUAUAAAAUUUAGUCAAUAUUCUCCUCAAUAUUAUAGAAGACUUACUGAAUGAGAUGAACUGUAAAAUGACUAGCUGCUUUCUCAGAGUCUUUCAACUCUAAUAUUCUAUGACUAACACUCAUCCAGACUCGGUAGGUCAUUGCUGGCUCUGAUUGCGUCCUGGAGUAUGCCAGCUUGCACAUCAUGUUCAUCACAGUGUCUUGUGCUCAGUGCCGUAGCGCUGUCCGUGUCCUUGGACAUUGAGUGGUGAGAGAAGAGCCAUCUCUGAGGGCAUUUGAGCAGUCCUGGUAGAGGAGAUGGACAGUGGUCAGUGACAGCCUCACAGACCCUUUUCACAGUGGGCACUAGUCAUUCAUGCCAUGUCCUUGCAGCCCUGGCUGGAGGACGAAUAUAUUUUAAUAACGUCUGUGCUACUCAUUCUGAAGAAAGAAAUAACCUGAAAGGAUGACUUUUUUUUUUUUUUUAAUACAGUCAGGAUAGGGAAAGAAAUGGUAAAUUAUUUUCUUUUAUGUUUACAUUUUUGAUAAAUGAAAUAGAAGAUUUGAGAACUAAUCUUUAUUUGUGUUAUUGAACUUUACGUGUAAUGUAUUCCUUAGUAAAAAAAAAAACAAAAAACAAAAAACAAAAAAACAGAACUUUAAUAAAAAUGGAAACCAAUCUGUA